AUGGCGCUUUCCACCGGCCAUGUGGCUAGCCAGCUGAGGCACCUUGUCUACUACCACCUCGAUAACAACCUCAUUCGCAAUGCCCUCUUCCUCGCCGGUCGCCUCCAUGCCUACGAACCGCGGUCCUUCGAAGCUCAAUACCUACUUGCUCUCUGUCAUCUACAAAAUGGAGAAGUCAAGGCCGCGUUGGAGUGUAGCCAGGGUUCAGGGUCGCGUGGCCUGCAUGUUGGCUGCGCUUACGUUUAUGCCCAGGCCUGUUUGGAUCUUGGUAAAUACCUGGAUGGGGUGACGGCUUUGGAGCGCAGCAAGUCGCUCUGGGGGUCCAAGAAUCACUGGAAUAAGCACAGCGAAACCUCUCGACAGCACCUCCCGGAUGCAGCAGCAGUAUACUGCCUGCUUGGAAAGCUCUGGCAAGCUCAUAAGGACUUGAACAAGGCAGUAGAUUGCUAUGUGGAUUCGUUGAAGUUGAACCCGUUCAUGUGGGAUGCGUUCCUGGGGCUGUGCGCGACGGGCGUCAACAUCCGAGUCCCUAAUAUCUACCAACUCAGUCCCGAACUCCUCGCCAUUAUCUCAGCCUCCCCCGACGAUGUGGACUCGGUGUCAGGUCAUUUAUCACCAACCGAAGGAGCUUUUUCUGCACAAACCACCGGAAAUUCUGGAGGGGAUCCGUUCAUGGUCUCUGCCACGCGUGGCGAAGUCGAUGCGACCUACGGGAGCUCGGCUCUCUGGGAGAAGUUCAAUGGAAGUUCCGUCAGUGUAGCAUCGGUACCGCCGCCGGUCAUUCAUGAGGGAAUGGAGACGCCUAGUAGUCAGAGCAGUGGCUCAGAAGAAUUCCGCAUCGCGAAUGGCGUCACAGACCCAGGCUCUGCUUGGGAGCCACCAUUCGCACCAGCAAGAAAGAAUCGCACGAUUCAGACAAUGAGCCUGGAUCACACGGGACAAGCCCCUCCUAAAAUGCGACCAACUGGUAUUCGACCUCGAACUAAAACUCGAACAGAAUUUGAGGAACCACCUGUUGGCCCGGCAGACAGGGAACCUCCACCUGCGCCACGAAUUGGUGAUCGCAAACGCACUGUUUCGGGCCAGGUUGCCCACCCUCUUCCUCCCCAGCCGACUGAGCCUGGUGCCCCCCAGCGUCGCAGCGUCAGACUCUUUAAUCAGAUCAAACCCACCACUAGCAAGCUUUCCAGCUCAGCACUAACCGGUCGCGAUGGCCGCGAAGUGAAGAAAGUACGAAGUGCACACGCCAAGGGCCGUCCUGCCACAACGUCGACCAUGGGUCGUGUGAGCCUCGUGCUACAUCUAUUCCCUCCGCCUCCGGUGUUCCCCCCCCUUCCUAAGAAUGCCGAAAGAUCCAAAGAGCUCGAGGCCUUGAGUUGGCUUUUGGGACUCUUUACAAAGCUUGCAUCUGGAUACAGCGCAUUGAGUCGUUACAAAUGCCCCGAUGCUAUCCAACAUUUCAAUUCUCUUUCCCAGGGCCAACGAGAGACCCCUUGGGUCUUGGCUCAGCUUGGCCGGGCCUACUUUGAACAGGCGAUGUAUGGAGAAGCCGCCAAAUACUUCUCCCGGGUCCAAACCUUGGCACCCUCUCGUAUUGAAGAUAUGGAAAUCUACUCGACUGUUCUUUGGCACCUGAAGAAUGACGUAGAGUUGGCCUACUUAGCACAUCAGUUGCUGGAAGCUGAUCGACUCUCACCUCAGGCUUGGUGUGCCAUCGGCAACUCAUUCUCCCACCAGCGAGAUCACGAUCAGGCCUUGAAAUGCUUUAAACGCGCAACUAUGCUUGAUCCCGAAUUUGCCUAUGCAUUCACACUCCAAGGCCACGAGUACGUUGCCAAUGAAGAAUACGACAAGGCUCUCGACGCCUAUCGUCACGGUAUAAAUGCAGAUAAUCGCCACUACAAUGCCUGGUAUGGACUGGGAACGGUGUACGAUAAGAUGGGCAAGCUCGAAUUUGCCGAGCAGCACUUCCGCAAUGCAGGUACUAUCAACCCGACCAACGCAGUCCUCAUUUGCUGCAUUGGCUUGGUCUUGGAGAAGAUGAACAAUCCGAAGAAUGCCCUAGUCCACUACGAGCGCGCCUGCUCACUCGCACCACACUCCGUGCUGGCCCGUUUCCGCAAGGCCCGCGUCCUAAUGAAAAUGCAUGAUUUCAAAUUCGCCUUGGCAGAGCUGAAGGUCCUCAAAGACAUGGCUCCCGACGAGGCCAACGUACACUACCUGCUGGGCAAACUGUACAAAAUGCUCCACGACAAGGGCAACGCUAUCAAGCACUUCACCACCGCCUUGAACUUGGAUCCAAAGGCUGCACAGUUCAUCAAAGACGCGAUGGAGUCCUUGGAUGACGAUGACAUGGAGGAUGACGACAUUGCAUGA